AGAUCUCUGAAGGUGGGGGCAUAGAGCAGUACAGCUAUUAGCUCCGAGCUGCAGACAUCAUUCCGAGUAGAGGGCAGACGGUUCCAUCGUCAGCGCAGGAACAGGGAGCCCUGGCAACAAUAAGAGCCAUACUCUUACCAGACCAUUACACCUUACAGGAAUGGUGAAAGCACCUGGAGCGAGACAGACACGGACAGAUAGAGAGGGGAUCUGGGAGCAGGCUCCCCUCAGACUAGUGACCGAGAGAAACAGACACAGCAGCAGUUACUGCAGUACUGACUGGUCCCCUGUCUUCAACUGAACCACAGUACUGACUGGUCCCCUGUCUUCAACUGAACCACAGUACUGACUGGUCCCCUGUCUUCAACUGAACCACAGUACUGACUGGUCCCCUGUCUUCAACUGAACCACAGUACUGACUGGUCCCCUGUAUUCAACUGAACCACAGUACUGACUGGUCCCCUGUCUUCAACUGAACCACAAUACUGACUUCAACUGAACCACAGUACUGACUGGUCAGUACUGACUGGUCCCCUAUCUGGUCCCCUGUCUUCAACUGAACCACAGUACUGACUUCAACUGAACCACAGUACUGACUGGUCAGUACUGACUGGUCCCCUAUCUGGUCCCCUGUCUUCAACUGAACCACAGUACUGACUGGUCCCCUGUCUUCAACUGAACCGCUUCCUGUUUCCUCCCACCCGGACCACUGGACAAGAACCAGGCCCAACCGCCUCCUACACUCAGGUGGAGCUGGGGCCCUGAGAGGAAGUAGUGCUUCGUUCUGACUGGAGGAUCCCUCCAUGGGCUGUACCACCCGUUGACACACAGGAGGGAUCAGAGGAGCUCCACUGAAUGAGGUUCCCGCUGCCAUCCAGGAGGCUCGCUCUCAGAGGGAAAUGAUUCCGCAUGAAGUUGACGGACGGCUCUCUUCCUCUCUACACGGAAACGGCAGGUGUGACUCUCGCUGCUCCCACGACAACAGCAGGUGUGACUCUCGCUGCUCCCACGACAACAGCAGGUGUGACUCUCGCUGCUCCCACGACAACAGCAGGUGUGCCCCUCUCUGCUUCUCGCUGAGCCAGAGCCAGGCGUCCGACAGACGCUGAGCUACAGGACAGGACAGACCCCCUCCGUCCCUCUCUACUCCCUCCACCCUACCCCCUCUAACUUACCCCCACCCCCUCUAACUUACCCCCUCCAACCUUCCAGUCCUCUGACCCCAGCCACCCACACAACCAGCAGGAGGGCCUAUUCUGUCAACGAGGAAAAGCCAAGAGAGAGAGUGAGGGAGCCAGCCAAAGACAGGAGUGAAAUAGAGAGUGAACGAGGGAGAGACCGAGAUAGGAGCAGAAAGAGAGCUCUAAAGUGAUAGUGUGAGAGAGACGAGCCAAGGCUAGUGUAUGUAACAGGAAGUUGAUAGAGAAAAGAUAACAGUAUGAAGUCCAACCAGGAGCGCAGCAACGAGUGUCUGCCCCCCAAGAAGAGAGAUUUCCCAGCUAGCACUGUGGACGAGAGGCCCCUGGUGAUGGCGCCUGCUAGUGAGAGCCAGCGCGGAGAGAACCUGGCAUGGCUGGCCAGCGUAGCCAGCGGGCACAACAGCGGGCACGAUAGAGACAGUGGCGGAGGUGGCCUCGAUGGCAGUAGAGGUGGGCAGCGUAUCAGCACUCCCAUUGAGUCUGAUGGGCCACAGUACAAACCGCUAUGCUCCACCAUCACCACACACACAGACUUCCUGGUCCCUUCCUCUAUCUGUUCCAUCUCCUCCUCCUCCUCUUCAUCACAUCAGUCCAGAGUGGUGACCACAUCCCUCCCUGCCAUGUACACCUCUGCAUUGUCCCAACCAGGGGGGACGAUCCAGUACACCCAGCUGCCCCCCAACGUCCAGUUCAUCAGUUCCCCUUACACAGGCCCCUACGCUGGCUACAUCUCCUCCCAGCUCCUCUCUCCCCCUCCACCCACCUCCACAUCCCAACGCUCCCACCCUGACCCAUACCCCAACACCACCAUCACCUCCCAGUCCCAGAUGUCUGGUUCCUCUCUGAGCGUGGCCCCCCAGACUGCUCCCUCGCCACACGGUGGGACCCACCACCUGCCCCUCCACCUGCACUCCCACCCCCACCACACCCUGGCCCUCAGCGGGGGCUCCCAGGUGCUGGUCCAGUACACAGGCCCCGGCUCUGAGGGGCCCCUGACUAAGAGAGAGGAGGGCCGGCCCAGGGAGUUGCACAACGGAGAUCAGAGGGGCCGCUAUGAGAGAAAGGAAAGCAAAGGAACCCCCUCCUCUUCUUCCUCCUCUUCCUCUCAGUACCACCAACUCCACCAGCAGCAGAGCGCGCAGCAUCACUAUGAGGCCUACACCUCCCAUGAUGCAUCAGGGCAACGGACCUCUCUAAUGCUAGUGCCCAACAGCCGCGGAGGACCAGACAACCACAGCCCCGACAAACUACGGCAAUCCGCCGCCUCGCACACAGAGAAAGGCAGCCUCCUUCUGGGUAAACCUGUGUCCUGCACCCCCUCCUCCUCCUCCACGUUCACCUUCCCCCCUCCGCUCAGUGUGGAGAGUCUUAAGGCGGCCGUCAGCUCCCUGUCCCCUCACACCCACACAGUCAUCCAGACCACACACAGCGCCAGCGAGGCUUCGCCCCUCUCCCUGGGCCAACUCUCCACCAACACCAACUUCUACCAGGCUGGCCCCGGCGGGCAGCCCAUCAUCGGCUACCUGGCUGGGAGUGCAGGAGGGCAGCGGUACCACACCAGUCUGCCCCAGCACCUGCUCAUCCCAGGGGCCCCAGGGUCUCAACCUAUCAUCAUCCCCGUCAGUGGGGCCGGGGUCACCAGCCUGGAGGCUGGCCAUGCUGCCCACAUAGCCACUACAACCCAACCACAGUCCUUCCCCACCACGCUACCCCACACUUACUUCACCAACCCUAACCCCAACCCUAAAGAUGAGCAUCUAUUUGAGGUCCCGGCGCCCUACCCCCCUCUCUCCCACCCUGCCGGGGUUGGAGGCACUGUGGUCCAGGCCCAGCUACACCUCCCGGUGGUCCCAGCUCCCACGACCCCCUCCUCAGCCCCCUCCUCGGCCCCGUCGCUGCCUCCCUACUUCAUCAAGGGCUCCAUCAUCCAGCUGGCUGACGGGGAGCUGAAGCGCGUGGAGGACCUGAAGACGGAGGACUUCAUCCAGAGCGCUGAGAUCAGCAGCGAGCUGAAGAUAGACUCGUCAACCGUGGAACGCAUCGAUGGCAGCCACACGUCCAACUUCGCCAUCGUACAGUUCUCCGUGGGCGAGCACCGCGCUCAGGUGAGUGUGGAGGUGCAGGUGGAGUAUCCCUUCUUCGUAUUCGGCCAGGGCUGGUCAUCGUGCUGCCCGGACCGGACUACUCAGCUGUUAGAACUACCCUGCACCAAGCUCUCAGUGGGGGACGUCUGCAUCUCCCUCACCCUGAAGAACCUGAGGAACGGCUCCCUGAAGAAGACGCAGCAGACCCAGAACCAGGCUACUGAGAUCACUACCAGCUGCAAUAUGGGCUCCAUCCACGGCCCCCUCAAAUCCUCCAGGUCAGCCAGGCACGUGGAGCAGGAGAACGGGGUGGGCCAGAGAGGCUCCAGGAGUGGAUGUGGGAGAGUGGUGGUUGGAGUAGGUGGAGGUGUUCAGAUCGCCUCAGAGAAUGGGGAACUGAGGUUCGGCGCCGGGGGAGAGGCCAACUCGAAAGGAGGCCAGCCUGGGGAUUCAGAAUCUAGUGGUGGUGCCGCCAAGCCGGUGAGCCGCAAGAGGAGAUGGUCGGCCCCCGAGGGCCGUAAGGUGGAGAGGAGCGAGAAGGAGCCCCCGUUGACUCUGCCCAAACCUUCCUUUAUCACUCAGGAGGUAAAGAUCAGCAUCGAAGGCAGGUCAAAUAUAGGCAAGUAGUGAAGGCAGGAGAUUUAAACAAGACUGUUAAUUCAAAUAUGGGAUUGGAUGGAGAUUCAAAAAAGAAAAAGAAAGAAAGAAAGCCCACAUGAAAUGUUCAUUUUAGAUUGUUUUCUUGUUUUUAUUUUCUACCCGGAUUUCUGUACUGUAGGCAAAAUUUUACCCAGUACUUACAUGUUAUCACCUUACAUUAAGUUAAGUUGGUAAUAACAUUGUAAUAGAUGCGUUCGGUAUUAGGUAAACAAGCAACCGGUGCAAUUGUUUAGGGUUUUUUUCCCACAAAUCUCCGGGCGAGGGGUUUUGUGAAGUUUUGUAGAUGUUUUAUUGGUGGUUUUGUGGCACACAAGAGCACUGCGUGAUACCUCUCUGGUCAUGUGACGGCUGCAGGUGGACAAAUACAUCAAAGGAAUAAAACAUGUAGUUAGCUUUCCAAUCGCGGCUAGGGGCAUGACUAAACGGGUGUAAUGUAGACCCGUGAGUGAUGUCACUUCCUUUGUGAUGUCACUUCCUGAUACAGGCACUACUGACGAGAGUGUUCAGGAGGUCUGGACUUAAUCACUCUCGACGCCACCCAGUUGCCAUGGUGGCAGACUGAGUUGAUAUGAUGUCAUUUAUCCCAAGUGACUCAAGACGUCUUUAGAUAAGACAGUUCAAAAAGCGUCUGUAACCAUUUUAAACCCUCAUGACAACACAUCUAAUCCUAAACAAGGGGUCACCGGAAGCUUCGACACUCAUCCAUCUAGACCACUUAGCUAGGUGAUGUCAUCCAGCAGGCCAGUCCAGCCAGGUGAUGUCAUCCAGCAGGCCAGUCCAGCCAGGUGAUGUCAUCCAGCAGGCCAGUCCAGCCAGGUGAGGUCAUCGAGCGGCGCCAGUGUGCCUCUAGAAUGAGGGAACUCUUCCUUCCUUUGUUAGGUUUUGCUGACACUGAUCUCUUUAUGUUAUUAUUUUUGUUUUUGAAACACUUUUAUUUUCACUUUUUAAUUUCGUUUUGCUUGUCAAUUUUGACCUUUCAUCCUAUCUUGCCCAGUGAGUUGAUAAUGAUAUAUUUGAUGAUUGCCUAGAACUUUGAGAUCAGGGGUCACAUGUAUGUACGUAUAGUUUGAACCAAGGUGGUAAAGUUAAAUGUCUAUGUUAUUCCUUUAUACCCUAACGAUGCAUACAUUUGCAGUCACACUGGGUUGAAAUGAACUAUGAAAAUAGGAAGAUGAUUAUACUCCAUCCUUUUACUUGGUGCAACCUUUUUGAUUUAUAUUCUUAUGGAGAGAGAGGCAGAAAGAAAGUGGCACCCUAUUUCAACAUAGUGCACGACUUUUGACCAAGGCCCUAUCUCUAUGAGCCCGGGUCAAAAGUAGUGCACUAUGUAAGGAAUAGGUUGCCAUUUGGGACUCUGUCAGAAAGUCAGUGUUGAGUCUUUAGAGAGGAGAGAGACAGGAUGUUGUGUUGAAGCACUUUCAUUUGCACACCUGUCACACUCACCAACUGAUGAUAUCGCAACUAUUAUUAUUAUUAUUAUUAUUAUUGAUCUCUUCAUUAACACAGUACUGUAUGUUUUUGUUAUUUUGACUUAAGGAAGAAGUAGAACUCUGUGGCAGCAGCACUUUUGAACGAUGAAGGGGGUCAUGUUGAUGUCUUGGUGUCUUGGGGUCACACUACCUUUGAAAGGGAUGAAUGUGACAUGUGAUGGAGUGAGUGCCAGUUAGGGGAGGGAGGGAAAGAGAGAAGAGGAAUAUGGAAGAAGGUAUAAUAUCAGAGAGUGCUUUUUGUUGAGGCACUUUACUCAAAUCAAAACAUGCUUUUCAAAAUAUGCGUGCGGUCAAAAAAUGUACCUUUUGACACAUAACUGCCUUGUCAAGGAUAUCACAAGUCAAUGAAAUCCAAAAGAAGAAUGGGUAAAGAAUGGGAAUAAUUGUGGGAAUGUCCAGGUAUGUUGUGGACGAGAUUGAGAGAGUUAUAGACGCUCUGGCCACAGAAUUUCUGAAGGGCGUCAUAUACAUAAUGUAUGUAUGCAAGUGUGCAUGAAUGCAGGUAUGUGUUAGUGCACACACACUCACAAGAGCACACACACUCACACGGACACACACACGGAAUACAGUAUCCACACAGACAGGCACUUUCCUAAAGGAGAGGAUUGUAUGUAUUUCAUACUUGUUGAUAUACGUUUAGUAUGUAUACAAAUACUUUUGUGGCAUAGAUAUUUCCCCUUGAUGAUGUAGAGAAGCCAAGAUAUUUGAGUAGCAGACGAAGAUGAUAGUUAGUCUCAGUGCUCUGUGCAGUGUGUGUUUGUUGGCGUGUGUGUGUACGUGUGUUUGUAUAUGUGUAUAGAAAUAUCAUAUAACUUAAUAUGAUAUAUCCAAUGUAAAAUGUCCAGUGUUUCUGUUUUUGGAGUUCUACUUAAGAGAAUCUUGCAAUUUGCACAUCUGGAGAGGUAGUCAGUUGGGUGACAUUACUUUUUGACUGUGUUCAAAAUAUACUUUUCUCUAUACAGUGCACUGGCCAAAAGUAGUGCACUAUAUAGGGAAUAGGAUGCCAUUUCAGACACAACUAUGUUUUCAGCUAGGUUGCACAUACACACCGAACUGAAACCCCAUUUUACUGAAUUGUAGCAGUUAUUUAACAAGUGUGAUCCAUGCUGAUUGUCUCCAAUGCUCUCUGCUCUGCUCCUCAUUGGACCACACCUGUGGCAUGUCCAAGUCCCGCCCACUUGUUGCGUGUUUGGUUGAGAGACAUUGUGGAGCCGGGGGCGGGGCCACCAGCAGGUACACCUGUUGAGCUCUCUGAUUGGCCGCGUUUUUCAGGUGUGUUUAGGUGGUAGAAGAUGUGGCAGAGAACUAGAAGUAUGUAGAAGUUGCUUCUAACUACUGCUCUAGGUUCAAAUGUUUAGUUCAUCCUGCUAAUGGUUAGUGUUAGGAGUGGGUGCAGGCCAGAGGAGGCUGGUGGAUGAGCUAUAGGAGGACGGGUUCAUUGUAAUUGCUGGAAUAUUGGAACGGAGUCAAACAUGUGGUUUCCAUGUUUGAUACUGUUCCAUAUAUUUCAUUCCAUCCAUUCCAAUGAGCCCGUCCUCCUAUAUCUCCUCCCACCAGCCUCCUUUGGUGUAGGCUAAUCUGAUCCUAGAUCUGUGGUUAAGAACAACUCCUACGUGGACUGUGGUGAAAUAGGAGGAUGGAUGCGGGUGAUCGGCGUAGUGAUGGACGGAUGGAUGUGUGUCUUGGAUGGAUGGAUGAAGACAGAUGGGUGAUGGUGAGUGAGUAGACACCCCGUAUAGGUUGGAAAAUGCUUUAUUUUUUAUAAUAAAACAGGGUUUCUCAGAUCAACACUACGGCAGUGCAUCUUCAUUUGUUCUUUUAUAACAUUGUUUUAUUAUGUCUUCUAAAGGUAGUUUAUGAAUAUGUGCAUGUAUGUGUGUAUAUGUAUGUGUGUAUAUGUAUGUGUGUAUAUGUAUGUGUGUAUAUGUAUGUGUGUAUAUGUAUGUGUGUGAUGUGUGUGUUUUUGUGAGAAUCUUUUUGUCUUUUUGUAAGGGCAGGAUGGGUAUAUUAAUGACUGUUCCUUCUAGAGCUUCACCAAACUGGGUAAAAUAGCAGGUAUUUUAACCAUUAGAUACAGAUGCCGUAUCUUAAUUUGAUCAUCUUGUUGUUGCAGGAGUAUCCCUGCACAGCAAGAAAUUCAAACUUGUAGUGUAUUUAAGGUUUAAAAAUGCUUCUUACGUUUGUAAUUUCCACUUUCAAAUUUCAGACUUGAUUUUCCCUGAUGAAAAAUGUAUCAACCCCUACAAAACAAUCUAUUCAUUAUAAUCUACAUCAAAAUUAUCAUUUGCUGCAGGAUUAUUUUCCUGCUCUGUGAAACUGGCUCAAAUUAAGAUACGGAAUCUGUAUAUGGUUUUGCAUUCAUACACAUUGAACCUAAAUGUGACCCUGGUUGAGUUAAGUAUUGUUCUGACUGACUUACCCCUCCUAAACUCUCAUUAUGGGAAAAUACAGAAAAACAAUGACACACACACCACUCAAACCCUUUCAGGUAAUGUUUUCUAGUGCAAAUGCAUAGCAUCAUGGCAGUUGUGUGUGGGCUGCUUUCCAAUAGCAAUAGUCAGACAACAAGCAUACAUUAUAACCCAUUAGAGUGCUCCUCCUCUCAUACCUCCCUUUUAUGGCCAGCCACAGAUGGGGGGUGAAGCUGUGUCUCUAGAGAGCGCACUAGUUAAAAGCCCUUCCUCUCGUCUCUCUCUGGCUGGCUAGCUAUAACAUGUCAAUCGUUCCUUCUAGAAGCUCUCUGCAAUAAAAUCCUUCUCCCUCAAUGUUAGAACCAAAAUAAAGAGCUGCUUCCCACACACACACACACACACACACACACACACACACACACACACACACACACACACACACACACACACACACACACACACACACACACACACACACACACACACACACACACACACACACACACACACACACACACACACACACACACACACACACACACACACACACACACACACACACACACACAAAUACACGCACACAUACAGGCUCACAUACCCCUUUAACAUACCAGCCUAGUCAUUUCAGCAACUUUCAAUUCCUAUUAAGUUGUUGCAGUUGCACGGCCUGCCAUUCAAAAAAAUUCAGGGAGAUUUUCACAUAUGCAGUGACAGACAGUCCAGUAAGGACUAAAGUACCCAUGAUGCUACACCCACUAGUGACCUCUAACCUCUGACUACUAGUUCAGGUAUCCAUGGCCAGCCAGCCUCUGUCAUACCCUCUCUAGAACCUCAGCAACCAGUUAGUUAGUUUACCCUCAGCAACCGCUAGCUACCUUCUAUCAAUGGCCUGGCCUUACAUGUGCAACUGCCUUUAUCUUCCCCCUAGCACAGUUUCCUUCUGCUCUCUAGUUCCCACACACACACUCACUUUUUAUUUUCUGUUAGAGACAUAUUAAGUAACAGUGUUCACGCUCCAGUGGGGAUGCUUGCAUGUUGAGAUGAGUGUUAAGUGAACCCAGAGAUUCACCACAGUUUGUUUUUCUUGUUUUAGGAGUAAACAAAAUAAACACACACACACACACACACAUACACAUACAGGAAGCCACGUUCACCCGAUCUGCAGUGUCUGAUUAGGUCAGCUUUACAAUCAAAGCAGUGUGUCAGGUUAGUUGGAGAGGUGAGAGGCGUAGUGGGCAGGACAGGUAGAUGUUAGAGGCCAGGACUAAAAGUAAGGGGAAUGCAGUCAGGAGAUUUAGCCUAAUGUAUAAUACAAUGUAGUGGCUUGUUAUAAGGUUGUAUUCAAGUUGUACUAAAAUUGUGUGAGGUUUAAAUAAAGUAGUAUUUAGAUGGAGGGGACAGCAGAGCUUGUGGCAAUUACACAUUGUUAUUUUCAUUUUAUUUUGUGUUUUUUAUUUCUAGUUCAGGUAGUCCCCGUUCUUAUCUAUCAGGAUAAUGAUUCCCGUUGCCCUUGGAAUCAUACUGUAUGUGCAAUAGUUGUCUUUGUUUAUACUUUUUCUCUCCCAUUGUUGUGCCAAGUGUAUGUAGCAUUGUCCCUGUCUGAUGUUUGUUAGCCAUGUACUGUACACCUUUACUGUGCCCCUAAAAUGUCUUCAAUUUCAUUUGCCUCACACUAGACAGAUUUCUUUAACUCAGGAAGGUUUAGUGCAGAAUGGGUGGAUAAGAAUGGAGAGUGAGUGAGCGUAUUACCUGUGUGUUGAUGUGUCAAGCUCGCAGCAUAUGCACGCCUACCGGUAUGUAGAAGUAUGUCUUUGACCUCAGUAAAUGGAAUGCUUUGUCAGUCAACGCUCCAGCUAGAAGUUCAUUUACAGUCUGACUGUCAAGAGUCUGGAUACACUAAACGAUUCUCCAUUCUGCAGUCCAGGAAAGUUGUCAGUCAGAGAGAGUGAUGUAAGAUAGAGAUAAAGAAAAAUAAAUAAUGAGUGAUAUCGAAAGACAGAGACAUGCGCCUGGCUAGGGAGAGGUGUACUGUGCUUGUCAUUGGAGAGCCAUUCUUGGUAUGUUUGUGUUGUUGUGAGGGAGAGGUGAAGGACAGGUGACAUGGCAGUACCAUGAUGUCAGUGGAAGAGGUAUGUAUGUAGUGUUGACAUAGAAAG